AUGAAGUUCUCACACUCGAUACAAUUUAAUGCUGUCCCUGAGUGGUCAUCAAAGUACAUCGCAUACACGACUUUGAAAAAGUUGAUAUAUUCUUUGCAAAGAGACAGUUUGAGAAGAAACUACGCCAACUUUGAUGAUACUGCAGAUUUAGAGGAGAACGCGCAUUUAGUGGGUGAGCAUUAUUCAAGUACAGCACAUUUAGAUGAUGAUGAUGAUGAUGAUAGUAAUCCUGCCAGAGUAUUUGAAGCAGCAUUAAAUGCUGAAUUGAAAAAAAUUGACACAUUCUACAAGCAGCAAGAGCAAUUCUUGUUUAGGAGCAUUGAUGACUUGGUGUAUGACAUUGAAGUAUUUGAACAAGAAAUUGCAGAAAAUUUGCAAGACAAGGGGAAUAAAAAGUUCAAAUCGAGAUUCGACCAAGCAAGACGGUUCUCAGCUACUUCUCAAGAUAAUUAUAUAACCAACACCACCGACCCUGAUACGGAGUUUACUCAAGGUGAAGGUGAAGACGACGAUGACGACGAGGAUGGAGUCGACGCUCAAGAAGAGAAUUAUAUCGAAGAGUUGGAGAGAGAUCGUAUUCUUGGCCCUCAAGCAAGAGGAAGACAAGUUAAACGUAUGGGGUCCACACCUAUUAUUCCACGAGGUGGAUCAAACGGCCAUGACCUACACCGUACAAAGUCAAUUGAUGACUACUUACAGUCACCCAAAUCACAAAACUUGUGGAACGAAUUGACAAAUGUCACAUCUACUGAAAACCGAUUACCACCGCAAUUGCUCCUACUUACCGAAAGUCGUAUUAUACUUAGAAAAAGAACAAUCGGGUUAUACACUACAUUAUCAGAGUUGAAGUCGUACAUUGAAUUGAAUCAAACUGGAUUCAAAAAGGCUUUAAAGAAAUUUGACAAGUCUUUGAACACCAAUAUCAAGGAAUCAUACUUGGAAUCAUUGCCCGAAAAUUCCUACAUAUUCAAAAGGGCAACUAUACAAAAGGUCAAUGAAAGAUUGGAAUCGUUAAUCAAAUUGUAUGCAUUGAUUUGUAACCAUGGCGACGAUUUUGAAACUGCUAGACAAGAAUUAUCAAUUCAUUUACGAGAACAUGUUGUUUGGGAAAGAAACACCGUUUGGAGAGAUAUGAUUGGAUUGGAAAGAAAGACCUAUGCAGCCAAUUCAAAGUUGGUGGAUAGAGUAGAAGGUGCCUUGAGUGAUAAAGAAACCGAGUUAAAAGCAAGUGGUGGAAGAUUGAGCUCAUUCAAUAUAUCAAUACGGAACCCCGUACUUGUGAAAUUGUUUGUCAUUGUGUCAGUUACUCUCAUCUUGCUCAAUGUGUCGCCAUUUGAUGAUGUUGCGCAAAAGAAUUGUUUUGCCAUGUUGGUUUGUGCGUCUUUACUAUGGGCUACUGAAGCUAUUCCAUUGUUUGUUACGUCCUUGUUGAUUCCGUUGUUGAUUGUGUUUCUCAAUGUGAUUAAGAAUGAUGACGGAUCCAUCAUGGAUUCGAUCGAUGCAUCCAAGUAUAUCUUGAGCACAAUGUGGAAUUCAGUCAUAUUGUUGUUGUUGGGUGGAUUUACUUUAGCAGCGGCAUUGUCAAAGUACCAUAUUGCCAAAUUGAUAUCCACCUGGAUCUUGUCUAAAGCUGGAACUAAUCCAUCAGUUGUAUUGUUAACCAUUAUGGGAGUUGCAUUAAUCGCGUCAGCUUUCUUGUCGAACGUUGCGGCGCCUGUCAUGUGUUUGAGUUUGAUUACACCACUCACCCGUACCUUGCCCAAGGGAUCUCAAUUCAUCAACGCUUUGAUCUUGGGCAUUGCAUUGGCUUCCAAUGUAGGAGGAAUGGCCUCACCCAUAGCUUCACCACAAAACAUCAUUGCUAUUGGCGCCAUUGAACCACAACCAUCGUGGGGCCAGUGGUUUGUCAUCUCGAUUCCCGUUUGUGUAUUGACAUUGUUGUUGAUUUGGAUGUUUUUGUUGAUCACAUUCAAUUGCAAUUCCAAAAACACACAUUUAGUACCAAUUAGGAUGAUUGAUGAUAAGUUCUCAGGUAUCCAGUGGUAUAUCUCAGUAGUAUCCGUGGGAACUAUCUUGUUGUGGUGUUUUGCAUCGAAAUUGACUGGGAUUUUUGGAGAAAUGGGUAUAAUCUCAUUGAUUCCAAUGAUCUUGUUUUUCGGUUCUGGCUUAUUGACCACUGAAGAUUUCAACAAUUAUCCAUGGAACAUUGUUGUGUUGGCCAUGGGUGGUACUGCUUUGGGUAAAGCAGUAGCAUCAUCUGGGUUAUUGAAUACCAUCGCAAUCGAAAUACAAAGACAAGUCGAAGGCUUCUCGUUGUUUGGUGUCACCCUCACAUUUGGAUUAUUGAUUUUGAUUAUGGCAACUUUUGUGUCUCACACAGUAGCAGCAUUGAUCAUUAUUCCAUUGGUGCAAGAAAUUGGAAAUAAUAUGCCGGAGCCCCACCCGAGAUUGUUGAUUAUGGCCAGUGCAUUGUUGUGUUCUGCAGCUAUGGGUUUACCUACCUCUGGGUUCCCCAAUGUUACUGCUAUUUGUAUGACUGAUGAAUUUGGUAAGCCAUAUUUGACAGUCAGUACAUUUAUAACCAGGGGUGUGCCCAGUUCAUUGAUUGCAUACGGGAUAAUCGUUACGAUCGGGUACGCCACGAUGAAGAUUAUAAACUUUUGA